AUGGUCGACUACGCCAAUUGGUUGAAAUCUGUGUCCGACGACACCAACAUCGCACGUCUUUCUCUUGCAGGAACCCACAAUUCUGCUGCGUGUCACACGGCUCUUCCUUCGGUGCAAUGCCAGGGAGCUUCUGUGACAGAGCAGCUUGAGCACGGUGUUCGGUUCCUGGACGUUCGUCUUUCGAGAAACUUCAUCACCACGCACGAUGAUGAUGAGCAUAAAAACGACUUGAUUGUUAUCCACGGCAACUUCCCGGUCAAAUUACUCGGCUCUGUGAAAUUGACCGAGUUGCUCGACGAGGUGUACAGCUUUGUCGACAAGCAUCCGUCCGAGUUUGUGAUUGUGUCUCUUAAGCAGGAAGGAUCCGGCACCUGGGACAACCAGAACGACGAGUUUGCCAACGUGAUCCGCGACAGAUUCAUUUCCAAGAACAAGGACAAGUGGUACCUGAACACCAACUUGCCAAACCUUAGAGACGUUAGAGGCAAGGUUGUUCUUUUCAGACGGUUUGGAGUUCAAAACGGCGACAAACAAAACUCCACCGGUAUUCCUGCCUCCUCGUGGUCGUACAACACUACCGACGACGACAGAGGACUGUUCAGAGUGCAAGACUUCUGUGAGAUCAAGUCCGAGGAAGAUAUCCCAAAGAAGGCAGAGUACGUCAAGAACCUGAUCAACAACGCCAAGAGCUACAACAGCACCAACAACGACCCUAAAUUGUUUGUGAACUUCUGCUCGGGCGCCAACUUCUUUGACCACGCGUGCUGGCCGGAACAGGUGACCGAAGGUCUGAUUGGAGCCAACCUUGACGAGACGUACGGCAAAGGAUGCGGUAUUGUGAUUUUGGACUACAGCGAGAAAAACGACUGGAAGCUUGUCAAGAAGCUUAUUGACCAGAACUUCUAA